GUGACUGUCUCCGCAAAGCUUUUCUAUAAAUAAACCCUCUUUCUUCCUCGUCUCAGAGCACAGCCGCCGGAAACAAUGGCUUCCGCGCCAUUUUUAUCUCUACUUGCCGCCACUCUCUCGCUCUCUCUCCUCCCCACCCUCACUUACUCUCGCUCUCUCUCCCCACCAUCCGAAACGACUAUUCUCGACGUCGUUUUGUCUAUUCAGCAGACCCACCAAAUCCUGUCAUUCGACCCGACCCGGACGACCCUCGCCCACCGACCCGACUCGGAAUCCGACCCGGGUUUCCUCAAUUCUUCGUCGUUCUCUCUGGACCUCCAUUCUCGUGAAACCCUCGUUGAAUCGCAGCACAAGGACUACCGGAGCCUGGUUUUGGCCCGACUCGAGCGUGAUUCAGUCCGAGUCGAUGGAAUCACCGCCAAAGUCAGACUCGCCGUCGAGGGCGUCGACAGAUCCAAGCUCCAACCCAUUUACGACGAAGAUACCCGGAUCCAACCAGAGGAUCUGAGCACACCGGUCGUGUCCGGAGCGAGCCAAGGAAGCGGUGAGUACUUCUCACGAAUCGGAAUCGGAAAUCCGCCGAAGGAGAUGUUCAUGGUUCUGGACACGGGGAGCGACGUGAACUGGAUCCAGUGUCAACCUUGCUCCGAAUGCUACCAACAAUCCGACCCGGUUUUCGACCCGGCAUCGUCUUCCUCGUACUCUUCUCUCUCAUGUGCUUCGUCGCAGUGCUCGGCCCUCGAGGUUUCCGCCUGUCGGGCUGACAAGUGUCUGUACCAGGUCAGUUACGGUGAUGGGUCGUUCACCGUCGGUGAGUUCGCCACUGAAACGGUGUCGUUCGGGAGCUCCGGCAAGGUUAACGGCGUCGCUUUGGGCUGCGGACACGACAACGAGGGGUUGUUCGUUGGAUCCGCUGGUUUGCUCGGUCUCGGUGGUGGUUCUCUGUCUCUGACCUCUCAGAUCAAAGCGAAAUCGUUCUCGUACUGCCUCGUGGACCGUGACUCGGGCAGAUCGUCGAGCCUCGACUUCAACUCGGUCCGACCCGGCGGUGAGGUCACCGCCCCUCUCCUCCGCAACCGCCAGAUCGACACGUUCUACUACGUGGGUCUCCCCGGAUUCAGCGUCGGCGGCCGUCCGGUGGCGAUCCCCCCGUCGGUGUUCGCCGUCGACGAGUCGGGGAGCGGCGGAGUCAUAGUAGACUGCGGGACCGCCGUGACUCGGUUGCAGACUCAGGCCUACAACUCGCUCCGCGACUCGUUCGCUCGGCUGACGACUCACCUGAGAUCGGCCACGUCGACCAUAUCGCUCUUCGACACAUGCUACGACUUCUCGUCUCUCUCCACCGUGAGAGUUCCGACGGUGGCUCUCCACUUCGCCGGCGGAAAGUCCCUCGACCUCCCGGCGAAGAAUUACCUUAUCCCCGUCGACUCCGCCGGAACUUUCUGCUUCGCCUUCGCUCCGACGUCGACGUCUCUAUCCAUCAUCGGCAACGUGCAGCAGCAGGGGACACGUGUCAGCUUCGACUUGGCCAACAAUCUUGUCGGAUUCUCACCGAAUAAGUGUUAAGAAAAAAAAAAGUUUCUCACAUGGUGAUUUCUUUUAUUUACAGUCAGUGUGAAUUUUUUUAUUUCUAUUUCUUAUUUUUAUAGGACUAGAUUGUAACUUUAAAAAUGUGGGGUUGAUUGUGUGAGUUUACUAUUUAUUACAGUGGGAAAUGCAAAUGUAUGUUAUUUUUGUGAAAAUAAAAUGUUAGAACUCAGUAAAGCUUUUUCUACAUA